ACACAAGUCAUGCUUUCUGAGGUUUCACCGGGUCAUUAUAUCAUUCAACAGAAUCCCAAUCAAAGGGCUGAGUUAUUACAAGCUCAGGAACUUGCUCACUCAGGACUUUUGAUACAAAGUGCCUCCAACCAAUCGGGAAUGAUUUUACAAAAUACCAACCAACCAGGACUCCUCUUCCAAAACAGUAACCAGUCAGGUCUCUCUUUACAAGGUAGCAACCAAUCAAAUGUAUUAUUUGGUCACAAUAACCCAUCAGGACUAGUUCUACAGCAAAGUAAUGCCUCUCUUUUACAGGGGACAGGCCAGGGCGGCCUCUCUUUUAUAUCUCUGAAUCCCAGCAACCCUCUGGCUCAAACAAUUAUAUCACCUCUUCAACCUCUGCAGUCUCAUGUAAGCCCUCCAUCAAUGCUCCAGCCUGGCCUGGGGCUAGCUCCACUGAUGCAAGCAGCUACUCUGGCAUCCAGUCAGCCCAUGCUUUUAAGCCAGUCUUUCCUCGCUCAAACUGGCAUGUUCCUGCCACAGCUGGCUACUCAGUCCAUGGUGUCACGUCAGAGUGGCAUGGACAUUGGUGUUGGACAGGUCCAACAGAAGUCAUCUGCUCGUGGAUCCUCUGUGGUCAUAGACCCUCAUGCUCAUAUGUUAUCUGCCACUUUGAACUCUUCCAUCCUCAAAGCAAACCAGCUUGGUAUCUCUACGCAGAAUCAAGUGCAGAUGCUUUCAAGCAGCAGAUUUAGCGCCCCUUCAACCAACCAGAUGACUCUGCCCUCCAGCACAAACAUUCAUGUUCCUCAGAUACAGUGUAGCAGCACAACGCCAGCAGUCAGUCACACUUAUACCCUGCACUCACAGGGGACAGGGCUAUCAUCUUCUAAUGUAUCCUUUGCAAAAUCAGCAGCUCUUCCUGUGGCUCCAAAAAUGAUAUCCCCUUCCACUGUCCUAGCUAAGGUAGAUGGAGCUCCCACUCAGGUUAACUACAUGGGGUCAUUUGAUUUAAACUCAUCCAGCUUGAAAACAACCAUUCAUGGCCAGCCGUUGAAUAAGCACGCUUCCGAAAAAAUAAUGGACCUUGUCCAAAGAGCCCUGAACAACAAAGGGCAAGAACAGAUUCCAGGAGUGGAAGUCAAGUCUGCUUUCACGGAUACUCCACAGGGCCCCAAAAAAGUUUUAAAAGUUUUCAUCAAUGAAGACAUUUUACCUGGUCAAAGCACGACAAGGUCAGGUCCUUUUGGUCAGUCAUUGCCAACACAAACUGCUGCACCUUCAACCACAUCAUCAGUUGUGGCAUCAUUGCUUUCAACCAUGCAGCUUAACACAAGCAGCACUUCACGAGCAGGCCCAGAAGCCAGCUGGACAAAGAUUUUACCUAGUUCAUCACAGGUACCUGUCGGCCAGCAGCAGUGCCAACCCCAGACUCAGUCACAGGAAGGGGCAAGCUUGUGGUCAGGAACAAACACUGGCUACAUUUCAGUACCCAUUGGUCAAAAUUUAUCAGGCAGCCGACAGCAUGGUAGUAUAAAACCUCAUCCAUCGGCCCCAUUCAGAAGGGCUCUGAAACCUGCAAUUUAUCCCCAAAGCUUAAAAAGAACAUUUUCCCAAUUGUCUGCACAGUCUACCCAUGAUGAGCCGGCAGCUAAAAGACCUAUUUUUGGAAAGACGUUAAAUAAUGAUGGCAUUGUAACUGGUUCUUUCCAGCAAAUUGUGGGUAGGAAUCUCCUGGUAGAGACCCCAACCACCAGCUCAGAAACCUCAAAUGUACUUAACAAUGCACAGGAGAACUUAGAGGUAUCACAGUUUAGACCCUCUCAAGGUAGUACUGAUGGAAAUACAGGGCAGUUACCUACAAUCCAGCCCACAGAGGGGCAGCACCAGCCCCAUCACAUAGCCCAGCAGCAAAUACAUCUCCAGCAGUCACCCCAUAAGAGGGCCAGUUUCCCUCUCAUGUCCCCUAUUAAAAGACCCACAACAGCUACGCAUCCAGUUAAUGCCAUUAAAGAAAGAGCAAGGAAGCAGAUUUUGAAGCAAUCCUUGAUGAAAAAAGAAGCGUUUUCUCCCAGCAGCGGACAAGGCUUCAAGCCACCUGAAGUAGCUCAGAGAAAAAAGUCUGUGGUUUCCAGGAGAUUAAAAACAGGUAUGUGAAGCUUUUUAAAAAAUUUUAUUGUUGUCAGUACUUACGUUUAAAGAGAUAAAUUCACCCCUUCUCACUGAAGCCUUUUAACUCAUCUUUUCCGCUCCCACGGUUCAUUGAAUGGAAGUUAACCAGUACGGUACCUUUUUUAAAAAAGGAAAUUCUGAUUUUUUUUAAACAAACAAAUAGAUCUUCCUGUGGUCAAUAUAGAUUGGCUUAUGCAGAUAUGGCAUUGGUUUCCCAUUCCUUAAAUCAUUUCAUUGGUUUCUGGUCUAGCAGCUACAAAAAAUGAAUUUGAAUAAUUUUUAAUGUACAUUAUCAACAUAAAACAGUGCAUUAUAGACAUUGAAAUGUGCAUUAUGAAUGUUAUACUGUGCAUUAUAAAAUUGUGAAUUUUUAUGUCCUAGAUGUUACUUAAACUUUGUGAACUUCGUGUUAGUUGGAUGUGAUUCCUUAGCGUUAUUGUUUUGUGAAUUUUAUUUAAUCAUUCCCAAGUUCUGGUUUAGAUGUCUCUAUGGGUUUGCACUUGUGAUUUGGUUAUGAAACAUUGGACAAGAAAUUAUGAUUGAAAUAAAAAUUCUCAGGUUCUUGAGAUCUUGGUUAAUUUUGAUUGGUGACCACAAAUGUUCUUUCCCAAAAAAAACAGUCAGCCAUCAUCCUUUGAUUCACCACAAAAAAGGGAAUGUCACACUGCCGCAGCCAACGCUGGAAGAAGAAGUUGUGGCCACUCCAUUGGACUUGGGUAAAGAUCAUCCUCAUGGACCUGGUGGAAAAGCUGCCAAGGAGAAAAAUGUGAGCAGAUUGAAGUUUGAGAUCAGCAGUGAUGAUGGAUUUUCUUGUCAAGGAGAUACAGUUGAAGGUGAGCAGAGUAGCAUUCUUUCAAUUGUCUCUGUAAGAACUGCAUUACUCGGCAAGCCCAUUUGAGCAGAGUUCUGACAUUUGCGAGGUUCUUGCUCUAUUGAAUAUUAUCUUGCAAAUGAAAUGAUGGAUUUUAAUUAAGAAAGAGUUUAUUAUUAUAUUCAACCAUCUAUUGAUUUUUGCCUAACUUAAUAAUUAUGUAUCUGGUGUAAUACACAUUUUUAGUCCUUCAAGUUAACUAAGCCUAAAUUUGCUACAAAUGGCUGAACUGAACCUUUUUUUUUCUUCUUUAGAUGCUUGGAACCAGGUCCUAGAAAAAGUACAGGAUGUGAGAGCUGCAUCGAGGAUGAAACAGCUUUCCUAUGCAGGGAUAUCUGGCCGCAACAUGUUUGGUGUUGAUCACGAUGCAGUUGUUUACCUUAUUGAGCAACUGUAUGGGGCUGUUCACUGCCACAGAAACUACAAGUUCAAGUUCCAUAAAUAUGAUUUGGAUCAAGCUGAUGCUGUAAGUUGUUGUAUCUGAUCUGACCAGUUACCGAAAAAAUUUUUGAAAGAAAUUUCUUAGAUGGAAAAUUUAUCGACAGGAGUUUGAUGGAACUGAAUUUUGAUCGAAUUUUUUUUUUAGUUCACACGAUGAAUAUGAUGAAUUUUCGUCUAAUUUAUUUUUGAACGCACUAUAUUAUAUAUUAAAACAAACAAAAUUCCGGAUAUGGAUCUGACCAUACUGUGAACCAAUAUUUUCUACACAAAAAACUACAGCUAGUUAGUUAUUUGAUUCGGAAAGGCAUGUAGCCUUCUAGUAAAGGGUGCAAAAUAAUUAUAACGACUAAGUCAGACAUCAGGGUUAGAGCUAUCAAGAGUUGACAGUAUUUUUUAAAUUUAGUGUUUUUAAAAUGCUAUAACUUAUUGAGUUAUUAAAAAGCAUGAGUCUAAAAUGAAAAAAAUAUGUGGUUCUGAAUAAAAAAAAAUCAGGAUCAGAUGAGGUAAAAAAAAUUCAGAGAAUUUAAUGCAACAGUAAAAAAAUUUCUUUGCAUUCUCUUGUUGGCGAUUUUUUUAAACAACCACCAGGUCUCUUUAUAUGUAUCUUGAAAACAAAAAUUUGCAUUGAAUUAUUUGUUGGUGAGGCAAUAUUUUCAUUUUAAUUUAAAGACAUGUUAUAGCCCUAAAUCGUUAAUUAUAUGCAAUUUAAAAAAUGUAAAGCAUUUAAUAUUCCUACAAUUUCCUCAGACUUUAAUAAUAUAUUUUUCUCAGGCAUUAAGACUAGACAUAAUUGGUUAUCUUUACAGGAGGUAACACUGAAUCCAAGUGGUGCUGCUCGAUCGGAAACUUUUGGUAGUCGAAAGCCAUUUGACAUGUUUAACUUCCUCAAGUCUAUGUACAGGACUAAGCCUGGAGAUGAUGAGAGAGAAAAGGAAGAAGAAAUGGCACUCAAAUCAUCCAGGUGAGCUAUCUGCACUUCAAAUAGUAAAAACAUAAUUUCUCUAGAGCUUAAUGCCAAAGAUCAGUACCAAAAUUUAAUAGCUGAAAGUGAAUAGAUUUAAACAUUAAAAAAUAUACUUUAGUUUAAUGUACUUUGAACUUGUAAUGUUUUUAAAAAUACUUGAGAAAAACAAAGAUAACUAUAAACAAAACUGUAAUGAGACCACUUGUUACAAAAGCAAGUGAAACUUGGACCCUAUCAAAAAUGACAGAUAAGUUCUCCGGAAAAUAUAUGGACCAACAAAGGAUGAAUAUGGAUGGAGAAUACGAACCAAUCAGGAAUUGUAUAGUCUAUCAGGAUCCUAAGCUAGUAGCAGAAAUAAAAGGGACAGGCUACCCUGGGCAGGAUAAAUGCCAGAGGAGUGAAGAGGAUGCACUACCAAAACCCCCAGAAGAAAAUGACUCAAAGGCAGAUCAUGGCUUAGAUGGAUGGAUGAUAUAGAAAAACAAUGUUCAGCAGCUGGAAAUACAAGAUGGAAAAGAAAAUUAUCGGGUCUAAGUGGAAGAAAGUGGUGAGGCAGACCAAAGCCCUACAUGGGCUGUAUUUUGCCACAUGGAUGGGAUGUACUUUGAACUUAUAAAGUAGAUUUUUAAUUUGCAUAGAUGGUUACUAUUUGAAUAGUCAUUUUCAGCUUAUUGUGAAAUAUUGAACUCAUCAAUUUGUAAUUUUAGACGAGCCACAAGUUUGAGCCUUCCUAUGGCCAUGAGGUUCCGCAAACUGAAAACUUUUGCCAAAGAAGCUGUGGAUGUCUACAGAUCUAAGAUUCAUGGUAGAGGUCUCUUCUGCAAGAGAAAUAUUGAUGCUGGUGAGAUGGUCAUUGAGUAUGCAGGGGAGGUCAUCAGAGCCUCUCUCACAGACAAGAGGGAGAAAUAUUAUGAGAGCAGAGUAAGUCUUUUAAAAAAAAUUAAGGUUUAUUUUUACCUUUUCAUCCCUCAACAAUAUAUUUUCAUGCCUUCCACUAUCUUGGAAUCUUUUCCAACUCUAUCCUAUCUUAUGCAUACCUCUGAAUGCCAGGUGUUUCUGGUUUAUCCCGGUCCUUUUGAUCCCUGAGGGCUUCAUUCAAAUGCUUGCCUAGAUAUACUCGACCAAUCCAUUUAUCUCCCUUUCUGAAUUUAUUGCUACACUUGUGAAGCAAUUUAACCCUUUACAGUCCAAACCUAUUCAGCCUUGUCUACUCCCAACGCCCAAGCAAAGGGACAUAACUCCAUUUUAAAUGAAGGUUCUUUAUCUAAUUAAUUUACAGAAAAUAAACUAGAAGCAACAAAAUAAAAUAAAAACUACCUAAAUACAAAGAAAUGAUUAAAGCAAAAGUUAAACCUAAAAAUAGUUUCAGAGACCCUCCCACUCAUGAAAUAGUGAAGCUUCAUUAGGCCUAAGUUCUUUCAAAAGCGUAUCCAAGGCUUAAAUAGCCAUUUUUUACAGCGAAAAAAUCGCGACUUUUAAAAAAAUCUUAGAAAAUCAUCCCCUAAACACACCGCGGUCAAACUAGUAUCGAAAUAAAUGCCGACAACGAGGCUUUCUUCCGGUAGAACUAUAAAUAGUAAUGCGCAAUGGAUUUCCGCUGUGCUAAGAACGAAAGUAAACACCUCGAAACGGGCGGGUUCGGCCGCAUCGGACUGUAGGCUUAAGGAAAAAAUCGGCGCAUUUCGGGCGCAUCGGACUGUAAAGGGUUAAACAAUUUUAUCUUAAUAUUUUUGUGGGUGUAUUGUCUUUAAUAAUUUUAUUCUCUAAUUUGCUAAUUGUCAUUAGUGCAGUGAACCAAACACUAAACUAUUUUAUAUUUGUAAAAAAUGUAUUUAUUGGUUAAUUUAUGCAGUGGUUGGGUUCAAUUUGUGACUAUUUAUCAUAUUAUGGCUUCCUUUUGGAAGUUAAUGUUAUAUAAUGGUUAAUGUAUGUUUUGAUCCAUAAUGUAGACAUGCAAUGUUUGUGGUCUUUAGGGCAUUGGCUGCUACAUGUUCCGUAUUGAUGAUGAUGAAGUUGUGGAUGCUACAAUGCAUGGCAGUGCAGCCAGAUUCAUCAAUCAUUCUUGUGAAGUAGGUGUCAGAUUUAAAAAAAAACAUUGUUCCACUGGGAUGAUGCAAUGAUCUUGUCAGCUUUUGAUAUAUUCCUGCUGCAAUUUAAAUUUUUUUAAGCCUUUCAUUUAUCUUGACCUUUUAGAGAUGAACUUAGUUUUUAACUGAAACGAAACAAUCUCAAACAAUUUCCAAAACUCCUCAGCCAAACUGUUUCUCCAAAGUCAUUCUGGUGGAUGGCAAGAAACACAUUGUUAUAUUUGCCAUGAGGCCGUGAGUAUUCUCUCCUUUACUGAACUGUUCAUUGUAUUUGAUAGUUGUUUUUUUUUAAAUUUAAAAUGAUGGAGAAAUUACCUUGAUUAACCUUUUCAAGAACCAAUGCAGUCAUCUCAUAUAUCAUGCCAUAGUGGGAUGCAUGGGGGCCUUUUAUUAAUUAUCAUCAUCUACCCUUUUACAGCAUAUUUCAGUUUUAGAUCCUGAUAACAAAAUCUUGAUUUUAUAAUUUCAUUGUUUAUUGAUUUCAGGAUCAAACGUGGUGAAGAACUGACAUAUGAUUACAAGUUCCCCAUUGAAGAAGUCAAAAUACCCUGCUCUUGUGGGUCAAAGCGGUGUAGAAAGUAUCUCAACUGAUUUAAUCAUGUGAAGUAAUAGAUGUGCCAUCUUUUUCAAAACAUGUUCCUAUGCUUCAAAACAAUAUUCUGAUGCAAGUUUUUUGGAAAACUAAGGAAUCUCAUGUGUCAUAAAGCAUCCAUUAGGAAUUCUUUUGUCACAAGCCAGCAUAACAAUCGUAACCUAAUUUAUUUAUUUCAUGAUUGAUCGAAGUGCAAGUAAAAAAAAAUUGUGUGGGCAAAAAAACACUUGCUAGAACAAGGUGACUAAUCUGUGUAAGUUGAAGAAAUUAAUUUAUCAUUGAAGUGAAAAUGUUAUUCACAAAAGCAAAUAUUUUAGCAAAACCUUUAAUUGUUUAGUGUGAAAAUAAUGGCCAGUUACCCCCUCCCUUGGGUAUUACUUGUGUCAGGCCUGCACAACUCAAAAUGUAAGGCGGGCCGUAAUACUUAAUGAAAAACUUGUGCGGGCCAAAAGAAAAUAGGACAGGACUUGUGCAGGACAAAAAAAGAUAGGAAAAGGGGAAAGCUAUUAAGAAAAUAAGAAGAAUAUUUCGUUACUUCGCGGAUCACAAAGUGGGUGCUGGCAGGCCAUUUCUUGUGCAGGCCUGACUUACAUCAUUAGAGACAUGUUAUUAAAUUGACAGCUUGCCACAUGUAAAAGACUUCUGAGACAGCUACGGUGCCGCUGCACGAACAAUAAAUAGCGGUACCUGCAGGGCCGGAGAGCAGAUUUAUUCAUACAACCAUUGCCUUCACCAUUCGGUUGGGGAUGGUUAAAUCUUUCCAAAUCCUUUUGUGACAUUAACUUGUGUUUUUUCUGUUAUGAAGCUGUUUUUGUGUUCUUUUUGUGUGUGUGUGUGUAAAUAUGGGACUCAUAGCAUUGGAAAGCAGCGAAUCUGAUAAUAAUUGAUUUUAAAAUUUAGUAAUGUAACUAUGCAUUUUCUGGGUGGAAAAGGGGGCAGGGGGUAACUAAUUGAG